ACCGGAAGCACAUUGAUUUGCGUCACGUCCGGUGACUUAAGGCUACAGGUUUCAAAUGGUUCAUGAUUUAAUAGUUUUGUGCCUUAAAACAAACUCAACAAAUGUGAGUUAAAAUGAAUUACAUGCCGGGGACCGCCAGCCUCAUCGAGGACAUCGACAAGAAGCACCUGGUUCUGCUGAGAGACGGGAGAACACUGAUCGGGAUCCUCAGGAGCAUCGAUCAGUUCGCGAACCUGGUCCUGCACCAGACGGUGGAGCGGAUCCAUGUGGGGAAAAAGUUCGGAGACAUUCCUCGAGGGAUCUUCGUGGUCCGAGGGGAAAAUGUGGUCCUGCUGGGAGAAGUAGAUCUGGAUAAAGACUGCGAUCAGAUCCUGCAGCGAGUCUCCAUCGAGGAGAUCCUGGAGGAGCAGCGGGUGGAGCAGCAGGCCAAGCAGGAGUCGGAGCGACUGAAGCUGCAGGCGGUGAAGGAGCGAGGUUUGUCCAUCCCCAAAGCCGACACGCUCGACGAUUUCUGAACGCAGUUUUCACUUGCAGCGUGUUUACCUUCAGAGUGAAGAGACGCCACGUUUAAAACGUUCGCUACACAAACGUGAGCCCCCCCCCCUUUUUAAAGAGAUCACGUCACUGAAAUAAAGUGAAUUUAUUUUGUUUUUCUUUUCUUUUUAAAAAGCAGUCGCUCUGAAUUCGACUGCAGCCGUCCGCUGUCUUUAAUUUGUCUUUGGUGGAAACUGAUGAUGGACA